AUGAAGGUGGCACAGUUGGCGGCGUAUGUUGCGGAAAAGUCGGCCUACCAUCACGGCGAAGUAUCCCUCGCAGAUACGAUUGUCAAGUUGGCGAAUGACUACAUGGGCUCAAACAAUAUCAACCUCCUUGAGCCGUGUGGUCAGUUUGGGACACGCCUUAUGGGUGGUAAGGAUGCGUCUCAAACGAGGUACAUCUUCACAAAGCUGACCAAAGAUGCCCGCAAAAUCUUUGACCCACGGGACGACCCUGUGCUCAAUUAUCUGGAUGAUGACGGUCGCUCAAUUGAACCAGACUUCCAUAUGCCAACGCUUCCAAUGGUGCUCGUGAAUGGCACGGAAGGUAUCGGUACAGGAUUCAGUUGCUAUGUGCCCCCAUUCAACCCCAAGGACAUCAAGGAGAAUAUCACUCGAGCACUUGUGGGACAGGAUUUCAAUGAGAUGAAGCCCUGGUUUCAAGGUUCAAGGCUCAAGGUAACCGAACUUCCACCGGGUCGUUGGACACAAGACUACAAGGAGCAUUUGGACGCCCUCGUGGAAAAGAAAGUCAUCUCAGGCUUCACCAACAACUCAACAACCGAUAAUAUUGAUUUUGAAAUUAUGGGAUACACUGGCAAAGAUAUCCUAAAGGGUCUCAAAUUGAGAAAGUCUUUUCAUACCUCCAAUAUGCAUCUCUUUCAUCCUACAAAGGGUAUCUACAAGUACAACUCCCCCGAAGAAAUCCUCAAGGACUUUGUGGAUCUCCGCCUUGAUCAUUACAAGAAGAGAAGGGAAUACCUUAUUAAAGUACUUGAAGUCAGAUCCAAGAUGUGUGGAUACAAGUCAAAGUUUGUGACAAUGGUCAUUGAGGAAGACAUUGUGAUAAAUGGCACCCACGACUAUCUCCUCAACAUCAAGACUGUUCAAUAUACAGAGGAAAGUGUACGAGAACUCAUCAAAGAAUCAAAGCAAGCCCGUGAAGAACUUGAGAUUAUGAAGGGUACCUCACACAUUGAUAUGUGGAAAAUGGAUAUUAAAAAUAUGUAG